AUGAGAGAGGAGGGAGGGGGCGGAGAGAGGAGAGGUCCUAUUGUUUGAGAACAGGAUCGGACAGCAGUCUAUGCUCGCUAUCUUCUUUCCUCCUGAUGAAGACCCGUCUACAGACCCGUCUCCAGAGGACAAUGGCCCGUCGAGCGGAACAAAGCGCGCACCCGACGGCGUGACAGCGGGCAUCGAACAAGGUCCUUCCUAACUCGGGUCUGAUUGUCUAACCCGGGUCUCUGAGUAGGAGCCCAGGCAGCAGAGCACCACUAGCCACUACCGUCCGUCUAAGUCUGAUCAGGAGUCAUUGAUCACUGAUCGCGAUGCCCAGCGAGUGACGUCAUUCCCCUGCGAUAGGAGAUCUGACGUCAUCGGACUGAAACGACGAGAUGGAAGAACGGCAACGCUCGCGCUACCGUUAGAGGGGGGAUAAUAACAAUAGGAACACACACAUUCACGCACACACACACACACACACACACACACACACACACACACACACACACACACACACACACACACACACACAGACACACACACACACACACACACACACACACCGAGGGCUAUAGAGGUACAAUGAGGGGUAGAGCGACACAAAAAGGGGUAGAGAGACAGAGACAGGGGGGGAGCUCGGGUAUCGAACAAUAGGACGGGCCGGAGCCAAAGAGGACGGAGGAGACGACUGAAGGAAUAGAGGGAACAUGAAGAGAAACCGCUGAUUUCCUCCUUGAACCCACUGGAUAUACAGCCGAGUGCUGCGCUUGUGUUGGAAGAGAGAGAGAGAGAGAGAGAGAGAGAGAGAGAGAGAGAGAGAGAGCGAGAGAGAGAGCGAGAGAGAGAGAGAGAGAGAGAGAGAGAGAGAGAGAGAGAGAGAGAGAGAGAGAGAGAGUCUGUGUGUGGAGGACUCGAGAUGAAUCCUCUCGAGGGAACAGAGGAGGCGUCCACCGAAGACGCAGACACCUUCUUCAAAACAGGGGGAGGAGGGCGAGGGCCUCAGGAGUCAUCUGACCGGUCAGGGUCCUUCAGGAGCGAUCACAUCAGGGCCUCUGACGUCCUGCCCAUCUUAAAGGAGAAGGUCGCCUUUGUGUCAGGGGGGAGGGAUAAGAGAGGAGGCCCAAUCCUGACUUUUCCCUCCAGAAGCAACCAUGACAGGAUCAAACACGAGGAGCUGAAGAGACUGGUCACGUACCUGUCUACCGUGCCCAGCGAGGACGUGUGUAAGCGGGGCUUCACGGUCAUCAUGGAUAUGCGGGGGUCCCGCUGGGAGCUGAUCAAGCCGCUGCUGAAGACCCUGCAGGAGGCUUGCUCCCAGAUAUGCGUGGCACUCAUCAUCAAACCAGACAACUUCUGGCAGAAGCAGAAGACCAACUUUGGCAGCUCCAAGUUCUCCUUUGAGACCAGCCUGGUGUCGGUGGAGGGGCUGGCUAAGCUGGUGGACCCAUCCCAGCUGACGGAGGACUUCGAGGGCUCACUGGACUACAACCACGACGAAUGGAUGGACCUCCGCGUGGCACUGGAGGAGUUCAUCUGCAGCGCCGCCCACCUGCUAGCCCGGCUGGAGGAGCUGCAGGAGCUCCUGUGUAAGAAGGACUUCCCGCUGGACGUAGAAGGAUCUCGGCGCCUCAUCGAGGAUCACACCCUGCUCAGGAAGAAGGUCCUGAAGGCUCCGGUGGAGGAGUUGGACCAGGAGGGCCAGCGUCUCCUCCAGUGUAUCCGCUCCAGUGAUGGCUUCUCUGGGAGGAACUGCAUCUCUGGCUCGGCUGACUUCCAGAGCCUGGUUCCCAAGGUGGCCAGUCUGCUGGAUAAGCUCCACUCCACCCGCCAGCACCUCCACCAGAGCUGGAGCUCCAGGAAGCUCAAGCUGGACCAGUGCUUCCAGCUCCGCCUCUAUGAGCAGGAUGCAGAGAAGAUGUUUGACUGGGUCAGCCACAACAAGGAGGUGUUCCUGCAGAACCACACAGAGAUUGGCGUGGGCUACCAGCACGCCGUGGAGCUCCUGACCCAGCACAACCACUUCGCUAUGAACUCCAUGAAUGCCUACGUGAACAUCAACCGCAUCAUGUCCGUGGGGGGCCGGCUGGUGGAGGGAGGGCACUACGCCGCGCUGCAGGUCAAGCAGAUCUCCUCCCAGCUGGACCAGGACUGGAAGAGCUUCGCCGCCGCGCUGGAUGAGCGCUCCACCCUGCUGGCCAUGUCCUCUGUCUUCCACCAGAAGGCAGAGCAGUUCCUAUCUGCGGUGGAGUCCUGGAGUAAGGUUUGUAGUGAGGGAGGUCUGCCCUCGGCCAUGCAGGAGCUGGAGCUAGCUAUCCACCACCACCAGGGCCUCUACGAGCAAGUCACCCAGGCCUACAGCGAGGUGAGCCAGGAUGGUAAAGCCCUGCUGGACGUCCUCCAGAGGCCUUUGGGUCCAGGGAACUCGGAGUCCAUGACCGCAACGGCCAACUACUCCAAGGCAGUCCACUGUAUCCUGGACGUGGUGCAUGAGAUUCUUCACCACCAGAGGAGGCUGGAGAACAUCUGGCAGCACCGCAAGGUCCGCCUGCACCAGAGGCUCCAGCUGUGUGUGUUCCAGCAGGACGUCCAGCAGGUGAUGGACUGGAUCGAGCACCAUGGGGAGGUGUUCCUCAGUAAACACACAGGGGUGGGGAAGUCUCUGCACCGUGCCCGCGCCCUGCAGAAGAGACACGACGACUUUGAGGACGUGGCCCAGAACACCUACACCAAUGCAGACAAACUGCUGGAGGCGGCGGAACAGCUUGCCCAGACGGGCGAGUGCGACCCGGAGGAGAUCUACAAGGCGGCCCGCCACCUGGAGGUCACCAUCCAGGACUUUGUCCGCCGCGUGGAGCAACGCAAGCUGCUACUGGACCUGUCUGUCACCUUCCACACACACACCAAGGAGCUGUGGAGUUGGAUGGAAGAGCUGCAGAAGGAGCUCCUGGAGGAGGUGCAGAGUGAGGUGGUGGAGGAGGUGCAGCUGAUGGUGCAGCAGUUCCAGCAGCAGCAGAGCUCCACGCUGGACGCGACGCUCAACGUCAUCAAGGAGGGGGAGGGGCUGAUGCAGCAGCUCAGGGAUGCAGCCAUUUGCACCAGUAGGACGCCCCACUGCAGUUCCAUCGCCCACAUCCAGGGAGUGCUGCAGCAGCUUGAUGAGGCCCAGGCCCAAAUGGAGGAACUGUUCCAUGAACGCAAGAUCAAGCUAGAUGUCUUCUUGCAGCUACGCAUCCUACAGCAGUACACCCUGGAGGUGACAGCAGAGCUGGAUGCGUGGAAGGAGGACCUGUCCCGGCAGGCGGGCGACGCUGGUUGCCCAGCGGGGGGCGGGAUGUCUGCAGGGGGCGUGGCCGACGACGUGGGCGUGGCCGAGCAGCGUCUGAAGAGACUCACGGAGAGGAAGACGGCCAUGAAGCACAUGACCUACGAGGUCCUUCAGCAGGGACAGGACCUGCACCAGUACAUAAUGGAGGUCCAGGCCUCAGGUAUGGAGCUGACUAGUGAGAAGGAGCCCGACCUGGCCUCUCAGGUGCAGGAGCUGCUGGAGUUCCUCCACGAGAGGCAGCAGGAAGUGGAGCUCAGCGCCGAGAUCAGCCAUGCCCGCCUGGAGCAGCACCUGCAGCUCACUCACCUACAGGCGGAGGUCCAACAGGUAUUGGGAUGGAUCCGUAACGGGGAGUCCAUGAUGAACGCCAGCCUGGUGAACGCCAGCUCUCUGUCUGAGGCAGAGCAGCUGCAGAGAGAACAUGAACACUUUCAGAUGGCUAUAGAGUCCCUGUUCCAUGCCAAUUCCCUCCAGAAGACCCAUCAGAGUGCCCUGCAGGUCCAGCAGAAGGCUGAGGUCCUCCUGAAGGCGGGGCACUAUGACCCUGAGGCCCUCCGUGUGUGUGCAGAGGAGGUGGCGGUCAACUGGCAGCAGUUGAUGCUGAAGAUGGAGGACCGCCUGAAGCUAGUCAACGCAUCAGUGGCCUUCUACAAGACCUCUGAACAGGUUUGCAGUGUGUUAGAGAGUCUAGAGCAGGAGUAUCGAAGAGAUGAGGACUGGUGUUCGGGUCACGACAAGGUCAACUCUGUUGCCGAGGGCGACCAGCUUCUCCCCCUCAUCAGCAAACACCUGGAGCAGAAGGAGGCCUUCCUCAAGGCAUGUACCCUGGCCAGGAGGAACGCGGAGGUGUUCCUGAAGUACAUCCACAGGAACAACUUUACUCUUCCAGGGGGAACCCCUCACACCAGAGCCCCUGAACAGCAGGUCAAAGCUAUCCUAAACGAGCUUCUCCAGAGGGAGAACAGAGUUCUUCACUUCUGGACCUUGAAGAAACGCCGGCUGGACCAGUGCCAGCAGUACCUGGUGUUCUUACACAGCGCCAAGCAGGCUCUAGACUGGAUCCAGCAGACAGGGGAGGGGUAUCUCUCAACUCCCAGACCAUCUGAGGAUCUACAGGAACACCAGCAGUUCUCCCUGUUGGCCAAGCGGACCCGGGACCAGGUGGAGGUGCUUGUGCGGCUGGCGGACGGGCUGGUGGAGCAGGGCCAUGCCCACUCCACCGAGCUGCGACGCUGGGUCUCGUCUCUGGACCGCCGCUAUCGGGACUUCAGCCUCCGCCUGGGCCAGUACCGGGUGGACCUGUACCGAGACCGGGGCCUCGAGCCACAGGACAACAAGGACCUAGAGUUGGACAUCAUCCCUGCCAGUCUUGCUGAUGACCCGGAAGUUAAACUCCGCGACCCGAACCAUGAGAUCAACGAGGAGAAGAGGAAAUCCGCCCGGAAAAAAGAGUUCAUCAUGGCUGAGCUGCUCCAGACAGAGAAGGCCUACGUCAGAGAUCUUCAUGAGUGUCUGGAGACCUACCUAUGGGAGAUGACCAGUGGAGUGGAGGAGGUUCCAGCUGGGAUUGUGAAGAAGGAGCUGGUCAUAUUUGGAAAUAUCCAGGACAUCUAUGAGUUCCAUAACAAUAUCUUUCUGAAUGAGUUAGUAAACUACGAACAGCUACCAGAAGAUGUUGGACACUGCUUCGUCACCUGGGCGGAUAAGUUCCACAUGUAUGUGAAGUACUGUAAGAACAAGCCGGACUCCAACCAGGUCAUCCUGGAGAACGCAGGAACCUUCUUUGAUGAGAUUCAACAGAGACACGGGCUGGCCAACUCCAUCUCCUCUUACCUCAUCAAACCCGUCCAGCGCAUCACUAAAUACCAGCUGCUGCUCAAGGAGCUGUUAUCCUGCUGUGAGGAGGGUAAGGGGGAGAUGAAGGAGGGUCUAGAGGUGAUGCUGGGUGUUCCUAAGAGAGCCAAUGAUGCUAUGCACGUCGCCAUGCUGGAAGGGUUUGAGGAGAACCUGGAUGUGCAGGGGGAGUUAAUAGUACAGGACAGCUUCCAGGUGUGGGAUCCUAAGUCUCUGAUCAGGAAGGGGCGGGACCGUCGUCUCUUCCUGUUUGAGAUGUGUCUGAUCUUCAGUAAGGAGAUCAGAGACUCUGCUGGCCGGACCAAGUACCAGUUCAAACAGAAACUACAGACCUCAGAGCUGGGUGUGACUGAGCACAUUGAGGGAGACCCCCUCAAACUGGCUCUCUGGGCCGGACGGACCCCCUCCUCCGACAAUAAAAUCGUCCUUAAGGCCAGCAGUGUGGAGGUGAAGCAGGAGUGGAUAAAGAGUGUGAGAGAGGUGAUCCAGGACCGCAUGACCCACCUGAAGGGGGCACUGAAGGAGCCGCUCCACCUGCCAAAGGCCCCCGCCCUCAGCAAGCCUCGGAGGAGGGAGGUGCUGGAGGACGGGGACAGCCAGGGAGAGGGCAGCAGCCAGCCGGACUCUGUCUCCAUCGCCUCCCAGAACACCGUAGACAGCGACAAGCUCUCAGGGGGCUGUGAGUUGACUGUGGUUCUCCAAGACUUUACCGCUGGCUGCAGUUCAGAGUUGACCAUCAGUUCAGGUCAGACAGUGGAGCUGGUAGAGAAACCCAUUGAGAGACCGGGCUGGUACCUGGUCCGGACCACCGACCGGACCCCUCCCCAGGAGGGCUUGGUCCCCAGCACCGCACUCUGUGUGUCCCACUCCCGCUCCAGCGUCGAGAUGGACUGCAUCUUCAGCUCCGGGAGAGAGAACUAUGUGGUGAGCGGUUCAGAGGCGAAGAGCGACUCGGUGGCCCACCUUCAGGCCAGCCAGAGCUCCCUGCCGGUGCCCUCUCCGGGGCCCAAGCGCUCGGCAAACACUCUGAGGAAGUGGCUGAGCAGCCCGGUGCGGCGCCUAAGCCAGGGCAGCACUGUCAAGAAGCCCGCCAGCGGCAAGAACAAGAAUACCUCUCGGGAGGAGGGCAGGAAGAGCAUCGACCUGGGUCAAGCUGAUCUCGCCCAACAGGAUGAGGUCACUGAAGAGAGAGCAGACCGGAAGGAGGGCACUCUGGUCAAGUCCUCCUCUGGGAUGCAGAGCGGCGGAGAGGAGGAGCAGGAUGAGGAGACUCACACACCGCUGCCCCCGCCCAUGAAGAUCAUCAACGACCCAACCACCCAGGACGACAAGUCUGCUGCAUUGCGUACCUCCAUGCAGGCUCCAGCUGAUGUCCCCAGUGCCUCAGAGCUGGUUAGCACCAUAGAGAAGCUGGUUAGGUCUAAGAUGAGUCUGGACCCAGGCUCGUACCCGGGUUUCUGCUCCCACAGCCCCCCGGACCAGAGCCCCCCGGUCCCCAGGAACCUGGAGGAGGAGCAGCGGGCCAGGGCCCUCAGAGGACGCAUGUUUGUUCUUAACGAGCUGAUCCAGACAGAGAAGGACUAUGUCAAGGACCUGGGGAUCGUGGUGGAGGGCUUUAUGAAGACCAUGGAAGAGACCGUCGUCCCGGAAGACAUGAAAGGGAAGGACAAGAUGGUCUUCGGGAACAUCCACCAGAUCUACGACUGGCACAGAGAUUUCUUUGUAGGAGAGCUGGAGAAAUGUCUGGAGGACCAUCAGCUACUGCCCCAGCUCUUCAUCAAGCAUGCUCGGAGGCUACACAUGUACGUGGUGUACUGUCAGAACAAACCCAAGUCAGAGUUUAUCGUGGCGGAGUACGAUAAAUACUUUGAUGGUAUACAGCAGGUCCUCCAGUCCAGAUUGUCAAUCAGUGAUUUUCUCAUCAAACCAAUUCAGAGAAUCACCAAAUACCAGCUGCUGCUGAAGGACUUCCUGAAGUACAGCUCCAAGGCAGGAAUAGACUGUGAACAGAUUGAGAAAGCAGUGGACCUGAUGUCCCAGGUUCCUAAGCUGUGCAACGACAUGAUGAACCUGGGCCGGCUGCAGGGCUUUGAGGGCAAACUGACCAGCCAGGGCAAGCUGCUCCAGCAGGAGACGUUCUUUGUGACAGAGCAGGACGGAGGUGUUCUGUCUCGCUCUAAAGAGAGACGAGUGUUCCUCUUUGAACAGAUCGUCAUCUUCAGCGAGCUGCUGAGGAAGGGAUCCUCGACGCCCGGCUACCAGUUUAAGAAGAGUAUCAAGGUAGCGGUGCUGGGGCUGGACGAGGGGGCGGAUAGCGACCCCUGCAGGCUGGUGCUGUGUCACCACGGCUCGGCCGAGCGCUACACGCUGCAGGCUGCCAACACGGAGGUCAAGCAGCUGUGGGUCAAACACGUACAGGAAGUCCUGGAUGCCCAGAGCAACUUCCUGAUCGCUCUGCAGUCUCCCAUUGAGUACCAGAAGGAGCGAGGAGCCGGCAGCAGGACCUCCUCUCUCAACAGGAACCACGCCUCCUUCCACGACUCAAAGACCCAGACCCCCUCCCAGCCGCGCCCUGCAUCCUCCCUGGGCCUCGGCGAGGAGGAACGCCCCCCCGCUGGCUCCAUGGGAGGAGGGGAUAGGAGCUGUAAUGGGGUCUCCUCCACCAUGCUGGUAUCUCAGGACUACUCAGCUCUGAAGGAGAAUGAGAUCAGUGUGGGUCAGGGAGAAACCGUCCAGAUCCUGGCAACCAAUCAACAGAAGAUGUAUCUCGUGUACCGGCCGGCUGACAGCCAAUCGCCUGCUGCUGAGGGCUGGGUGCCGGGUUACGUCCUGGCUCCGCCUACCAAGCCCAUAAAAGACUCCUCCUCCACUUCCUGUUUCUCUGCUGCAGCUGGGGCAAACAACAUCAAGAAGUCUCUGUCAUGGAACACGCUUCGCUCCCGGAAAGGCAAAGGUCAGGAGAACGGUCUCCUGCGUAAACCCAAAGACACGCCCCCCCCGCUCCCCCCCUCCCCUCAGGGGGACAAAGAGGCUCACAGUUCUGAGGAGUCAGACUGUGAUGACGACCCCAAGACCGGGAUGGAGCUCCUCAACCCAAACUUUAUCCAGGAAGUGGCCCCCGAGGUGCUGGCCCCGCUCCAGGACAGGGUGUGUGUUUUCGGGGAGACGGGGGUCCUGCGCUGUAAAAUCAGCGGGCGACCGAGGCCCUCGAUUGCCCUAAAAGGACCAGACCAGAACCCUGUGGUCAACACCGACCGCCUAACCAUCACAAUCAGGGAUACUGGAGACAUUUUGCUAAAGAUCUGUAAUGUGAUGCCUCAGGACACUGGGAUCUACACAUGCGUUGCCGUUAACGACCUUGGCUCUGCCUCCACCUCUGCUUCAAUCAAAGUUCAAGGUGUGCCAGCUGCUCUCUGGUAAACCUGUGGUUCAGGAGGUCAGCAGUACGUCCGUCAUGGUCCACUGGGACACGCCCACUUCCUCCACCCCCGCCAACGUCAGCUACACCCUUGACUACCGCCAGGAAGGUGAGUGU